AUGUUAAGCUUCCGCCUCGUCCUGGAGGAGGUCGAGGCAGGAGGCAGUUUAGGGACUCAAACCAGUGCAGCCAGCUCAGAGAGGCAGAGAGGAGAGAAGGACAUGGGAGGUGCCGGCGAGAGGACGUAUUUCGAGGAGGUGGUGCGAGCGCUGGUGGGCGACCUGAAGACGAGAAUCAUCUCCCGGGAGAGCGACCUCAUGUCAAUUGCAUUCUUCAACACGCGCGCGAAGCAAAACGUGCAGUCAGCAGAGGGCGUGUUUGUGUUUCAGGACAACCAGCAGACGUCAGCACAGCUCAUCCGAGACCUCUCCAACCUUCCAGGUACCCUUCUGCACCGAUUCAAAUCAUACCCACUCAACACCUCACCGGUUCCCAUCCCAGCAUCUAGCAUGUGGACUGUCCAUGCACUUCGGUAUACUCCAGCAUCCAGGUUCACUCCACUUUUCCUGAUAUUGUCUGCACCCAUUUUUGUGCAAAAGACCACGCCUCACAUUCCUUCCGUCACCCUCAUGUUCUCCACGUUCACUCCCAAAGAGGAUUAA